AUGGCACCUAUCCCAGUAAUGAUUCGCGAAGCAGCUGAGUUUGAGAGUCAGUACGGCAUAUCCUGGACAGACUACGGUGCGCACGCCAACUACAGCAAGCAGGAAAACAUCUCUCACGAGUUCCGGGAGUGGACUUUUUUGCUCGUGGUCAUUGCCAGUGUUCUUUUUGCGAUUAUCGUGGUGGGCAUCAUCGCCCACUUUUGUUUCUGGGGAAGACACAGGUAUCCGCGGCAAAUUACAUCUCCCGAGGAUAAGAUGAAGGACGCUGAGUAUCUAGAUACGGCUGAGGAACCCCGCUCAGAUGGUUGGAUUUGUUUCAUUCUGGCCUGCCAUGCUGCCAUUACCCUCAGUGGUGUCUGA